UAUGUACUGCCGAGCGCAGCCAACGGGGACGUGAAGCCGGUGGUGUCCAGCACGCCGCUGGUGGACUUCCUGAUGCAGCUGGAAGAUUACACACCCACGAUCCCAGAUGCAGUGACUGGUUACUACCUAAACCGUGCUGGCUUUGAGGCCUCGGAUCCACGCAUAAUUCGGCUCAUCUCCCUAGCUGCUCAGAAAUUCAUCUCAGAUAUUGCCAACGAUGCCCUACAGCACUGCAAAAUGAAGGGUACAGCCUCUGGCAGCUCCAGAAGCAAGAGCAAGGACCGCAAGUACACUCUAACCAUGGAGGAUUUGACUCCUGCUCUCAGCGAGUAUGGCAUCAAUGUCAAGAAGCCGCAUUAUUUCACCUGAGCCACCCAACUUAAAUGUAUUUGUCCCCAUGCAGCCUGUUUUCAUAAUAAACUUUAUUGUGA